CCAGCGAGUGACGCAUUUCACGUCAAACGCAGCGUACGAAUAGCGACUUAAGGGUUUGCGCUCCCAUUCUAUAACUAGAAGCCAAAGCUCGCUUUUUUGUCCAUCUGCCGAAAGACUCUCCUGCAACAAUCCUCUGCCGUUAGACUUGCGAAUUCCAAGUGUUUGGCGUCAUGGGCAGCUCGGAUUUCUCGUGGAAGCUGGCGGAUCACCCGACGCUUCCCAAAGGCAAGACCGUGGCCGUUGUUGUCUUGGAUGGAUGGGGUGAAGCCAAUCCGGACAAGUAUAACUGCAUUCAUGUCGCCCAGACUCCAACCAUGGAUUCGCUUAAGCAGGGUGCUCCGGAAAGAUGGAGGCUGGUCAGAGCUCAUGGAACAGCUGUGGGUCUUCCUACUGAGGAUGACAUGGGUAACAGUGAAGUUGGUCACAAUGCACUUGGAGCAGGCAGGAUUUAUGCUCAAGGUGCUAAGUUAGUGGAUCUUGCACUUGCAUCUGGAAAAAUAUAUGAAGGAGAAGGCUUUAAGUAUAUUAAAGAAUCCUUUGAUCAAGGAACUUUACAUCUCAUUGGGUUAUUGAGCGAUGGAGGUGUUCACUCUCGGCUUGAUCAGUUGCAGUUGCUUCUGAAAGGGUCUAGUGAGAAUGGUGCCAAAAGAAUACGUGUACAUAUCCUCACUGAUGGCCGUGAUGUUUUGGAUGGCUCAAGUGUUGGAUUUGUGGAAACUCUAGAGAGUGACCUUGCUAAGCUACGAGAGAAAGGUAUUGAUGCACAAAUUGCAUCCGGUGGUGGUCGAAUGUAUGUAACCAUGGACCGCUAUGAGAAUGACUGGGAUGUUGUUAAACGGGGAUGGGAUGCUCAGGUUCUUGGCGAAGCACCAUACAAGUUUCGAAGUGCUGUUGAAGCUGUGAAAAAAUUGAGGGAGGAUACCAAGGCCAAUGAUCAGUACUUGCCUCCAUUUGUCAUAGUUGAUGAGAGCGGCAAAGCAGUUGGUCCAAUAGUGGAUGGUGAUGCUGUUGUGACCAUCAACUUCCGAGCAGAUCGUAUGGUUAUGGUAGCUAAAGCACUAGAAUAUGAAGAUUUUGACAAAUUUGAUCGUGUUCGCUUCCCAAAGAUCCGAUAUGCUGGAAUGCUUCAGUAUGAUGGUGAAUUGAAGCUUCCGAGCAAAUACCUUGUUUCUCCUCCUGAGAUAGAGAGGACAUCUGGCGAAUAUUUGGUCCACAAUGGAGUCCGUACUUUUGCUUGCAGUGAGACCGUAAAAUUUGGUCAUGUCACCUUCUUCUGGAAUGGAAAUCGAUCGGGAUAUUUUGACGCAACCAUGGAAGAAUACGUUGAAAUUCCUAGUGAUUCAGGAAUUACGUUUAAUGUUCGACCCAAGAUGAAGGCUCUGGAAAUUGCCGAGAAGGCUAGGGAUGCUAUUCUCAGUCGCAAGUUUGACCAGGUUCGUGUGAACCUACCUAAUGGAGACAUGGUAGGACAUACGGGUGACAUAGAGGCUACUGUUGUGGCUUGCAAGGCUGCCGAUGAAGCUGUUAAGAUCAUUUUGGAUGCCAUAGAGCAAGUGGGUGGCAUUUAUGUUGUCACUGCAGACCAUGGUAAUGCUGAAGACAUGGUAAAGAGGAACAAAACUGGCCAGCCACAACUCGACAAAGCUGGGAACAUUCAGAUUCUCACUUCUCAUACUCUUCAACCUGUUCCCAUUGCCAUUGGUGGCCCUGGGCUUGCACCUGGUGUCAGAUUCCGAAACAACGUGCCUGACGGUGGCCUCGCCAAUGUGGCUGCCACGGUCAUGAAUCUGCAUGGUUUUGAAGCACCAAGUGACUACAAACCUACUCUCAUCGAAGUAGACAACUGAUGUGUUGUUACAGAUUGAAGCAUUGCUCUGCAGUUGCUGAUAGACAUGAAGUGAUCAAAUAAUCUUAUUUUGGAUACUUCGAAGUAGCAAUUUUGUUGCAAUAUUUUUGUUGUUGUUGGAGAAUAUCCCCCGAUGAACUCCCCCAGCAGUGCUGAAAUGCCAUGGUAUUUUGAUCAUUUCGUGCUAUUUGUAGCUAAAAACAUGGUUGUGGAACCACUUGGGAUAUGUCGUGCUUGUCUUGGUUACUUUAAGACUCUAUGAUAUCUGCUUUUUUGA